GAGAGAAAGGGGCUGUCACUGAACACAGACAGGGCAAACACAGCAGUCAGCUCACCGGAGCUCGCAAGAAAACCCACAAAGACGCGAUCAACCCCCGCCCUUUGCCCAGUACCAGCCUUUCCACUCCCCCACACCUUGUUUAUUUAUUAAAUUGUAAGAACACUCGUGUUUAUGUCUUGGUCAGAAUUCAUCUGUGCAUCUUCUCUGCCAGAAGAUUCAACCACGAAUCUGACGUGGAGAUUUUGACAUGAACGCAUUUGACUGAUGGGGCCCUGUUGAGAACAGAUAUCAAACACAGGUUGCUUCCAGGGAGAUCAGGAAGAGAAAAGAGACAAGCUCACCAUCUGCCCUGUGCGCAGCAACGGAUUCCCAGGGUGCUGAAGGGACUGAUUUCCAGCAUUCCUACACUUUGAGAUUGGAAAAUGCCAGGAGGGAAGACACACCGAGCAUGCAGAAGCACUUCAGUCCUUCUCCUCCUAAUGCACCUUGGUACAGCGUUGGAUGUGCCCCUUGAUUUGCCGCAACCCCCUACAAUCACCCACCAGUCUCCAAAGGAUUACAUAAUUGAUCCAAGGGAUAACAUACUGAUCCAAUGUGAGGCAAAGGGGAAACCAGCUCCCAGGUUUUCCUGGACCCGCAAUGGAACCCAUUUCAACCUGGACAAAGACCCGCGAGUGACAAUGAAGCCAAACUCAGGGACACUACACAUUAACAUAGUGGGUGGCGGGAAAGCAGAAACUUACGAAGGAGAGUAUCAGUGCACGGCAAUGAAUGACCGUGGCACAGCCCUGUCCAACAAAAUUGUCAUCCGCCAGUCCAGGUCCCCCAUGUGGGCAAAAGAAAAGAUUGAUGUGAUCGAAGUCCGUGAGGGGGCUUCGCUCGUCCUCCCCUGUAACCCGCCAUCUGGCCUGCCACCUCCGAUCAUCUUCUGGAUGGAUAACUUGAUGCAAAGGUUUGCACAGAACGAACGGGUCUCACAGGGUCUGAACGGAGAUCUGUAUUUUUCAAAUGUGCAACCGGAGGACACUCGGGGGGACUACAUCUGCUAUGCGAGGUUCAACCACACUCAAACGAUUCAGCAGAAACAGCCAAUCUCUGUUCAGGUGUUGACACUGGAUGCCAUCAAUGAGACUUAUGCAGGUUAUUCGAAUGGCACUGAACUGUAUGGUGACAGCCCAGUGGGAGAGCGAAGGCCCAUCAUUAUCAGUCCCAAAGAAGCAAGCAGCAGUAAGACUGUACUGAGAGGAGAGGUCCUGUACUUGGAAUGUAUUGCUGACGGCCUGCCCACACCAAUUAUCCAUUGGACCAAAGAAGGGGGAGAAUUGCCCAGCCACCGGGCCUUGGAGAUCAAUUUUAAGAAGACCCUGAAAAUUAUUGACGUCUCUGAGUCGGAUGCUGGGAAAUACCGAUGCAUGGCAAAGAAUUACUUGGGAAGCAGUACACACGUCAUUUCUGUUACAGUCAAAGCUGCACCGUACUGGAUCAGCGAACCCAAGAACUUGAUUCUCGCGCCUGGGGAAGACGGAACGCUGAUCUGCAGAGCUAAUGGCAACCCCAAGCCUACUGUCCAAUGGCUGGUCAAUGGUUUUCCAAUCGAAAAUGCCCCAAGUGACAUCAGCAGGGAGCCAAUGGAUGACACUAUCCGCUUCACAAAAGUGCAGGUCUCUUCCAGCGCCGUUUACCAGUGCAAUGCUUCCAAUGAGCACGGAUAUUUGUUGGCAAACGCAUUUGUCAAUGUACUCGCUGAGCCACCCAGAAUGCUUACACCAGCUGACCAGGUUUAUCAGGUAAUUGCCAACAAGGCUGCGUUGCUGGACUGUGCGUAUUUUGGAUCACCAAUACCUCAGGUUCAAUGGUUCAAGAAUGACCAAGGGAGUGUCCUCCACGGUGACUCUUACGUUUUCCAUGACAACGGCACUUUGGAGAUUUCCUUCUCGCAGAAGAAUGACAGUGGUACGUACACCUGCAUCGCUACCAAUUCCCUUGGCGUCGUCCAAAACAAAGCCUUUCUCCAGGUCAAAGAUCCGACGACCAUCCUGAAACAGCCGCUAUAUCAGUCUGUGCAGAUGAUGGGAACCGCUGUGUUUGAGUGCAAAGUGAAGCAUGACCCAUCACUUUCUCCGACAAUUAUAUGGCUGAAAAACAACGAGGAGCUGCCUGAUGACGAAAGGCACCAAGCCUCUGGCAAUGUCCUGACCAUUCUGAAUGUGUCUGAGGAAGAUCAGGGAUCCUACACGUGUGUGGUGAAUACGACCUUGGACUCAAACUCUGCAACGGCUGACCUUGCUGUUCUAGACAGUCCUGAUCCACCUUCGGACCUGGAAUUAACCAACCCUCGAGACAGGAGUGUGCAGCUAUCCUGGAUACCAGGAGAUGACAAUAACAGUCCCAUCACAAAGUUCAGUAUUGAGUAUGAAGAGGAUCAGUAUGAGCCUGGAUUGUGGCAUCAUUUGACCGAUGUCGGAGGAAAGCAUACGACGGCCCACCUGAAGCUUUCCCCCUUUGUCAACUACAAAUUCCGGGUCAUUGCUGUCAACCGAGUAGGCAGGAGCAAUCCGAGUUAUCCAUCGGAGCGAUAUUUCACACAGCCAGCUGCUCCGGAUGAAAACCCCAUAGGGGUCCAAGGGAUGGGAACAGAACCCAAUAAUCUGGUGAUAACCUGGAAGCCUUUGAAAGGUGUCCAGUCCAAUGGGCCAGGCCUAACAUACAAGGUCAGCUGGAGACAGAAGGUCGGCGAUGACGAGUGGACAUCUGUGAUGGUCGCCAACGUUUCAAAAUACAUUGUAUCAGGCACGCCGGAAUUUUCUCCGUAUGAGUUGAAAGUGCAGUCGUUCAACAGCCUUGGAGCUGCCCCGGAGCCUGAAAUUGUAAUCGGAUACUCUGGCGAGGAUUUGCCAAUGUUGGCUCCUAGCAAUGUGACUGUCCAUGUUGUCAACAGCACUCUCGCGAAGGUGCACUGGAACCCAGUUCCACCGAAAAGUGUCCGUGGAUUCCUCAAGGGAUAUAACAUCUAUUACUGGAAGCAAGGAAGCCUGAUCAGGCAGGGCAAAGGUCACACAGAAGUAAAGAUUUUGAACUUCCCGGGAGACAAGAGCCACGGCAUGUUGCCAGGGUUAGAACCUUUCAGUGUUUAUAAGCUAAAUGUUCGAGUCCUUAAUGGGAAAGGAGAAGGACCUGCAAGUGAAGAUGUGGUGCUGAAAACUCCUGAAGGAGUGCCCAGCUCUCCAGAAUUCUUGAAGAUUACAAGUCCAACACUCAACUCUCUGACCCUGCAGUGGGCUCCUCCACUUCAUCCAAAUGGUAUUCUGAAAGGAUACACACUCAAGUACCAGCCCAUUAACAGUACGCAUGAACUAGGCCCUCUGGUGGAGAUCACAAUCCCUGCAGAGAAUGAAACCAACUGGACUUUGAAAAACCUGAACUACAGCACUCGCUACAAGUUCUAUCUCAACGCCUUCACCAGUGUGGGAGCUGGCAGCAAGUUAACUGAAGAGGCCAUUACUGUCUUGGAUGAAGGUAAAGAGCCUGUGGACAAAAUGCAAAUAAAUGCCUCACAGACCUCCAUUGUGCUAAAGGGCUUGUUGCCAGCAACAGUUUACAGAGUGCGAGUUAUUGCCGAGAACCAGGCGGGCCAGUUGCGGAGUAAGGACGAACGGUUUGAAACCCGUCCACCAGCCAUGGCAAGCCGCCAGGUAGACAUUGCCACCCAGGGCUGGUUCAUUGGUUUAAUGUGUGCCAUCGCCCUCUUGAUCCUGAUCCUCUUGAUUGUCUGCUUCAUCAAAAGGAAUAAAGGAGGCAAAUAUCCAGUCAAGGAGAAAGAGGAUGCUCACGCAGACCCCGAGAUCCAGCCUAUGAAAGAAGAUGACGGAGCCUUCGGUGAAUACAGUGACACAGAGGACCACAAACCCCUUAAAGGCAGCCGAACGCCUUCCGAUGGGACAGUUAAGAAGGGUGUGAGCGAUGACAGCCUGGUUGACUACGGUGAGGGUGGUGAAGGUCAGUUCAACGAAGACGGCUCUUUUAUUGGACAGUACAGCGGCAAAAAGGAAAAAGAAGCAGUGGAGGGGAAUGAGAGCUCCGAGGCCCCAUCCCCGGUCAAUGCCAUGAACUCCUUUGUCUAACGUGGGGGGAGAACGUGGGAUCGUUCUAUGCCCAUGCACCAAUAAAUCGUAGAAUUUAUCCAUUCACA